GGGCGGCGCCUUUGCGUUCCAGGGACGGUGGUUGGCUCGUCAGCUGCGUUCGUUUCUUCGUGAAGCCGGAAGCGCCCGCGCGCGGCGAUUCAACCGGUGCGCUUAACGAGGAGAGAAGCGAAAUGUCGGUUGCCGCCGCCUGUGCCCUGUCGCAACAAGAGCAGCUGCAGCUGCAGCCACCGGUGAAGGCGAUGCGCAGAGGGAGCCGGCAGAGCCCGGAAGGGGGGGAAGAGGAGGAGGAGCCGCCGCCGGAACCGCCCGCGUGGGACCGGGAAAUGACGUUUUGUACCGAGAGGCGCAGGCGAGAACCGCAGCCACAGGCACGGCGAGAACCAGCAGCGGCCGCAGGAACAGCAGGGGAGGAGGAAGAGGAGAGGCUGGAGCGGGAGCACUUCCGGAGAAUUAUCAACGCCUUCCGUUACUAUGGAACGAAUAUGCAUGAAAAAGUGAACCGUACAGAGAGACAUUUCAGAUCUCUUCCAGUCAAUCAACAGAAAUUGCUUCCUCAGUUUCUUGUUCACCUUGAAAAGAUUCGUAAAUGUAUCGACCACAAUCAAGGGAUCUUGCAGACAAUUGUGAAUGAUUGUACACACAUGUUUGAAAACAAAGAAUACGGUGAUGAUGAAAAUGGAAAAAUUUCGCCAGCAUCAACUUUUGAUAUGGAUAAAUUAAAGUCUACUUUGAAACAAUUUGUAAGAGAUUGGAGUGAAACUGGGAAGUCUGAGAGAGAUUCUUGCUACCAACCAAUCAUUAAUGAAAUUGUAAAGAACUUUCCCAAAGAAAGAAGGGACCUCUCCAAAGUUAAUGUUCUUGUACCUGGUGCUGGGCUAGGUAGAUUGGCCUGGGAGAUAGCUAUGCUCGGUUAUACUUGCCAAGGAAAUGAAUGGAGCCUCUUUAUGCUCUUUUCUUCUAACUUUGUACUCAACAGAUGCUGUGAGACUAAUUCCUACAAACUAUACCCUUGGAUUCAUCAGUUUAGCAAUAACAAGAGAUCUGCUGAUCAGAUACAACCUGUUUAUUUUCCUGAUGUUGAUCCUCAUAGUCUUCCUCCUGGGGCAAACUUUUCUAUGACAGCAGGAGAUUUUCAAGAAAUCUACUGUGAGAGUAACAUAUGGGACUGCAUAGCAACUUGCUUCUUCAUAGACACCGCACAUAAUGUCAUAGAUUACAUUGAUACAAUAUGGAAAAUACUCAAACCAGGAGGAAUUUGGAUCAAUUUAGGUCCUCUUCUUUACCAUUUUGAAAACUUAGCAAACGAAUUAUCUAUUGAGUUGAGUUAUGAGGAUAUAAAAAAUGUUAUAUUACAAUAUGGAUUCCAUAUAGAGAUGGAGAAUGAAUCUAUUCUGACAACAUAUACUGUGAAUGAACUGUCCAUGAUGAAGUACUAUUAUGAAUGUGUGAUGUUCGUGGUUAGGAAACCAGAAAGCAGUAUAUGAAAUAGGAAAAUUCUGGCAUUUGUGUGUGUGUGUGUGUGUGUGUGUGAGCACAAAAUGGCCUCUUGGUGAUGACUGGACACAACCCUAUUUCAGUGGUGCCUUCUCAUUCCUCAUGGAAUGUAGCUGUUGUCUUUUUUUCUUAAUAUGCCCUUCGAUCUUCAGUAUGCUUCUUGAUAGUUGUAUUCAGGCAAUGAGCAUGGAGUACAAAUAUUCAGAUGCUUUUUCUUUUCCUUCUGAUAAGGAUAAAUAUUUUAAUAUGCCCUAAUUGACAUUCAUAAUUUUAUGUUAUGUAUAAACAACUGUCAAUUUUAAUAUUUUUCUGAAAGAAUAUCUAAUAUGACAUGGGAGGCAAACUGGGUUUUCGUUCCACAUUGGAUAGAAAAAAAAGAAAUCUAUAAUAUUUUUGGAUGCAUUCUGAUGGUUUUCAUUUUUCUGAGGAAUUUUGCAAAUGUGGAAAGCAGUGUUAUACAAACUCAGCCAUCUGUCUGUCAGAAACUUGCAAAUAUAUAAUUACUUUGUAAAAGUGACACAUGUAUGUCUUCACAGCAUUAUCUCAUGAAAUUGCCUGUUUCGGAUGCUACUUAAUGUUUAGUGUAUAAUUAGAAAUAUUGACAUGUGGCAGCAACUAUUGAAAUUAAUGCCCGUCUAAAUUAGAAUGCUAACAGUAAUUUGAAUGUUAAUACUAAUGCUUUUUGAGCACUUCAAGUUCAUGGCCACACUCCCAAGCCUGAAAUCAGUGGAUUAAAGUUAAUCUAAAUCUGUGUAGGAGUGUGGAGUCUGAUAUAUGACAAAGUCUGAGUUUGAAGUAAGAUGUUUCAAACAGUCCAGGUAUUCAUAGGGGCUCUCUUAUGUAUGGAGUCACUGAUAAAUGGCAAGGCUUGUUUUGAAACCCAGCCAUUUCCCACGGUCCCAAGUAUUUAUAGGGUCUCUACCCUGAGUGGACUAUGACUAUCACAGUGCAGUUUGAAGGAAGCACUCAUUCCACGUUCCAAGCAUUCAUAGGCUCUAUUACCUUUGGGGUUUCUCUCAUGUUUAACAAGGCCUGAUUCUGGUUCUAGGUGUCUGUGGAGUUUCUCCUGUGUGGACCCUCCAAUGUCACCUAAGGUCUGAACGAUGUGCAAAACAUUCCAAACAUCUGUGCAGUUUCUCUCCUGCGUGCAUUGCCGGUGCCAGGGUUUCUGGCGCUUGCGGCCACCCUCCUGUGCACACGCGCACAGUGCACACGCACCCCCCCGGACUGCACGAUGACGUCAUCACACAGCAAAGCCGGGGCCAUUGGCUGGCAGGUGGCUGGGACGGCAUGAGGAGGCUGCCCGCGCUCCGCACACUGCCCCAGCUGCCUGCCGUGCCUGGCCCGUGGCUGCUGUGCCCGGCCGGGGGCGUGUGACAGCGGCGGCGCAGGGCUGGCCGGCUGCAGCAGCAGCUGCGCACCAGGCACACCAGCUCCGUGGCGUGCGCCUCCGGCCCCGGCAUCCCCUCCGGCCCUGCAGCAUCCACCUCACUACUUCAGUGGUGGCGCCGGCCCUGCCUGUGUCAAUUUUCUUGUUUCACAAAUAUUGAGGGGUUGACAAAGCAUUUCCCACACCACAGGCAUUUGUAGGGUGUCUCUCAUAUGUAGACUCAAGAUGUAUGAUAAAUUUCACUUUGGAAACAAAACAUGACCCACACUCCAUGCAGAUUUAAGGUUUUUUUCCUUGUGUGUGUGCUCUGGAGGUUAACAAGAUUUGAUUGGGAGGCAGAGCAUUUCCCACACUCCAAGCAUAUGCGUGGCUUCUUUCUUAUGUGUAAUAACAACAACAACAACAUUCGAUUUGUAUACCGCCCUUCAGGAUGACUUAACACCCACUCAGAGCGGUUUACAAAGUAUGUUAUACCCCACAACAACAAUCACCCUGUGAGGUGGGUGGGGCUGAGAGAGCUCCUAGAACCUGUGACUGACCCAAGUCACCCAGCUGGCUACAAGUGGAGGAGUGAGGAAUCAAACCCAGUUCUCCAGAUUAGAGACCCGCACUCUUAACCACUACACCAAACUGGCUUUCUAUUGUGGACUAUUGGAUGUCUCUCAAGACAUAAUUUGAAGUAAGGCAUUUCCCGCACUCCAAGCAUUCAUGGAGUUUCUCUCCUUUAUGAGUUUUACAGUGUUUAGCAAGCCCUGAUCUGCAAGUAAAAUGUAGGGUUUUUUUUAGUAACCUGUUUGGGAUUUGCCAUUCUCUGUUUCAUCCAGACCCUGAGAAUAAGACACCCAGGGAUCUUCCCUUGCUCUAGCUCGGAGAUCCCAAGGAGGCCGUGUUUCCAUAGUUCUCAUGACCUCCCUAUAAAAAGCCCCUUGAUCUGGGUUCAGCAGAGUCCCCUGUGCCUCUCUGAAAUACACAUUCAUAUCCUGAAAGAUUACUGGCUUCUGUAAAGAGAGGAUCCAAGGGUUCAGGUCUUUUUCUUUGUCCUGUGUUUAUUAUGACCAGCUGCUGCUGACUGGGCUCCAAAGCUAUUCUUCCUCUUGCCCUGGAAGAUUGGAAUAACAUCAUUCUUCAUUCUCUGGAGUAGCAAACUGCAAGAUGCAGAUGCUUCUCCUGGCUGUUACUUAUUCCCCUUAAAUAUACAUAGGGCUGAAAUAGCCUGUUUUUGAACCAGCAGAGUUUUUUUUAGCAACUUAACCACAUACACACACAGAGACCGAGCUACCCAGCCACCCACCUACAUUAGAGUAAUAUUGGCAACUCUAAUGAAUUCACCUGAAUUAUAGUAUGGAAUGUAAAAAGAUAGUUUAUAUGCUUUAUCGAAGUCAGAUACUCUCUACAGUUAUUGCCAUUGUGACCCGCUUGUUUGUGUCUAGAUUUUGUCUUCACCCUACUUGAUCUCUUUUUUUAAAGAAAAAAAACUUUAAAAGUUCUGAUUCUUUUUGCAGAUAUGCAUAAUGCUAUUGAUUUCUCACAGCUUGGGUCCUCCCAAAUAUGUACAAGAUUCAGUGUUUGUUUUUUAAUUAACCAGGCACAAUGCUUUAGUGUUUUCUUCCAUGCAGAGUUUGCUGACUAGUGUUGAUAAUACAAAUUUCUGAUGAUGGAUGAGAUUCAUAACGUAAUAUGCAAAAUAUUUCUGUAAUACUAACUUAUAUUAAACAGUCACCAACAUCUAAGGCAUUGGUUAUGGGCCACUGCCCCCUUGGUUCCAUAAACUUAUCUUCAGUGCUCCGUACCUUACAAAAAUCAUUAUUCAGAAUAGUGGAUUGCAUGACCCAUUAAGGAAGAAAAAAAAUCAAAACAGUAACAAUUAAUUGCACAUUUAUUCAAAAUCUAAUUUAAACCUUUUAAUUCAUUCAACAAAAAUUGAUGAACUUGAUCCAGUGAUACCAGCUUUGGUGGUAUACUGGUCUGCCUAGUGCUUCAGUGGCAUGUUUAAAAAUGCCAGCAGUUUCCACCAGAUCUCAGCACCAUGCAGCGAGGAAGGUGUUUUGCUGUAGGCUGUAGCCUGGUCCACCACAAAUAAGCGAACAAUGCACUUGGAGGGCCCCACCUCGAGUGCCACGUGCCACUCCCUUGCCUCUUAAGGCACCCCUAGGUAACCCCACUGCCUCUCCGGGGGCAAUACUUACCCACUUUGGGAACCACUGGUCUAAGGCAUAGGUGGCAAUUGCUAAUGACACCAAAUAAUACAUGGUUGUACAGUAUCAGGGAUUGCGAUUGCUCUUGUAUAAUUGGGUUAAGUUACGCCUUUAAUUUUUUGUAUUUUUUGUAUCCUGUUCUCUUAAAUUUAAAUGCAGUUCAUUGUUCAGUAAGUUAAACUGUUUAAUUUUGUUUUGAUGCAAAAAAUGGUGAACUUUUUCUUUUGUUUUUUUUAGAUAGAAAUUAAAAAGUUAAAGUAAAUUAAAUCCUAGUUGCCAUUAGAACAAUGUAAACUGUAUAUAUUUGGGCUACACUAGCAGAGAUAAGCCCCAAUUCUUCCUAAAAACGUUUACUCAGUUGUAAAUGUUAACAUAACAGAUUCUCUUCAUGAUAACUAAGCUUAAGAUACUUUUAGGUGGAUAGCAAUGUUUGUCUGCAGUAGAAGAGGAAGAUCUGGGUCCAGUAGUACCUUAAAGACCAUCUAGAUUUCCAAGGUAUUAGGGAGAUUUGACCCUUGAAAGCGUAUACCUUGGAAAUCUAAUUGUUUUUUAAGGUGCUGUUGGACCCAGAUCUAAGCUUAAGAUAGCAGCUCUAGGCUGUAGAGCACUAGGAAACAUUGGCUGUGUCAGGUCCACAGUUUUAGAGUAGAACUUCUUUUGUUGCCUUUCAUGUGUCACCUAUGAGGUGGUAGAAUAGUUCUGAGCUUUCUUAUUAUUAUUGUGUAGAAAGCACUGUUAGGUUGUACUUGAGAACGGAUGUACUAAUUUAAAAUACCAGAUUUUACUGUGAAUAUCAAGAUUGCUAAAUUCAGAAGAUCUAUUUACUUUUAAAAUUUUCAAAGGUUGAUUUUAACUUACAUAUUUGAAGCUCUAAUUUCACAUUAGUCUCUUGCAUUACAAUUUGAAUCCAAAGAGAAUUCUUUUCCUUGAUUUCUGUUUGCCCAUUCCCCAUUUGAUUUUUUUCAUUCAAAAUACUAGAUGGCAUAUUUACUUUGUAAUAAUUUUUAAAGGAUAAAAGACAUAUUUUCCUUCUCAAUCUUACAGCAGUUUAACAGCAGGGUAAAAUAUUCAUGAAUGAGAACUAAAAUCUCUCCUUACUUUCAUUUCCAGAAGUCAUGUUCUGUAUAUUAUAAACAGGACUAAUCUUGUAUUAAUCUAUGUCAGUGUUCUUCCUUGACGUCUAUACAUAAAGGGAAAAUUACUGGUCUUGAUCACUUGAAGCCGAGACAAAUAUCAGUCUUUUAAAAUUUAUCAUGGUACUUGGUGUAAAAGUUAAAGCUGCAUACUCAAACCAUUAAAUACUUUUUUCUAUUUACUUGGCAA